CUCACCCUGAUUUCACAAAUAUCGAUCGAUCGAUUCGCAAUACAUAAAGAGAAAAACAAAGAGGGUCAUUAAUUAUCAGUGAGGAGGAGUGCCCGCGCACAGAAUGGGCUGCGCGUCGAGAGUAGCGGUGGUGGCGGUUCUGCUUCUGGGCAUCUUGAGUGUGGCCGUUGACAGUGCCGAUACGAGGAUCCUCAAAGGACCUGACUGCAGGGGCCAUUCCAAGGAUAAGGAAUACAACAAGAGAAUGAAGACUCUACUUGAUAUCUUUGUGAGCGACACUAAGAACGUUGGCAGACAUCAUGGGGAUUACGUUUACACCCAUAGUUUCCCCAAUUCCGACAAAGGUUCUGUCACUGGUCAGGCCAUUUGCGACUCCCGCUUAUGGAAAUGGGGUUGUGGGAAAUGUCUCAUAUUAGGUUCAAGUAAUCUCUUUCAACAAAAAAAAGGUGAUUUUCACCUUAAAUUCGUGCAAACGACUUAAUUAAUCACUAUAUUCAACUGAACUCUUUCGGGAUGACGCCUACUAGUCUACUUGUACUAUCCGCGCACAAAUUCUUGCAAACGACUUAAUUAAUCACUAUAUUUAAUAUAUAUUGUCCAUUUUCUAUGAUUCUAUCCAUAGCUGAGUAGUAUUAGAAUUAUUAUACCACAAGUUAAAAAAAAUUACCAAAAAUCAAAAUUACUGUUCCUUAAGAAAAAAUCGGAAUCUAU